UCAGAGCGGCUCGGCAGUUGCGCCCGGGUCCGGUGGUGCGGAGCCGCCGUCCUUUCCCCGCGGGCUUCGGAAGAGCGGCGGCAGCGGCGGCAUGACUUCGGCGGCGGUGGAGAUUCUGGGGCUGGGACUGGGCAUCCUGGGCUGGGUGGGGGUGAUCCUGGCCUGCGGGCUGCCCAUGUGGCAGGUGUCGGCCUUCAUCGACGUGAACAUCGUGGUGGCGCAGACCAUCUGGGAAGGGCUGUGGAUGAACUGCGUGGUGCAGAGCACGGGGCAGAUGCAGUGCAAGGUGUACGAUUCCAUCCUGGCGCUGCGGCCCGAGGUGCAGGCGGGCCGGGCGCUCACGGUCAUCGUGGCGCUGCUGGGGCUGGUGGCGCUCAUGGUGACCGUGGUGGGCGCGCAGUGCACCAACUGCAUCCGGCCCGGCAAGAUGAAGUCCCGCAUCGUGAUCGCCGGAGGGACCAUCUACAUCCUCUGCGGGGUCCUGGUCCUCGUCCCGCUCUGCUGGUUCGCGAACAUCGUCAUCAGCGACUUCUACGACCCCUCCGUGCCGCCGUCCCAGAAGCGGGAGAUGGGGGCCGCGCUGUACAUCGGCUGGGCGGCCACGGCCCUGCUGCUCUUCGGGGGCUGCCUCAUCUGCUGCUGCUCCUGCUCGCAGCGCGACGAGACCUCCUUCCCCGUCAAGUACUCGGCGCCGCGGCGGCCCACCUCCAACGGCGAGUACGACAAGAAGAACUACGUCUGAGCGGGGCCGCCCGCUCCCCCCGGCCGCGCUCGGACGCGGACAGACGGCGCUGCCGGCCGGGAGCGACUGCGGUGAGCUCGGCCGACGGGUUCCGCAGCGCUCCCCAGCCCGGAGCCCGCCCGAUCGCGGCACCCCAGCGGCGGCAGCCCCAGGCGGAGCGGCGUCCUGCCGGCCCGGUUCCCCGUCGGGCUCCGCUGCGGGGAGCGCCGCGCCGGGACCUGCCCUCGGCACAGCCCGGCCAGCGCUGCCCGGCCCGGCGGCAUCGCCGUGCUGCUGGAGCGGAGCCGUGAGCGCCGCGGAGCCGCCGGUGCCUCUCUACGCGCUGCCGGGCCGUCGUGCGUGCGCCGUCGGGGAGGAGAAGCUUCCCUUCUUCGUUCUCUCUCCUGAAAACCUGCACUGACUGACUUCCGCCAUGGCUUUAACUGGUUAAGGUUUUUUCUUUUGUUCUUCUUUGUGGGCAACUAAACUCGGGUUCCUAUCUGAAAGACGACUCUAACCGUGGCCCUUAAGCGCGCAGGCAAAUAGCUUUGGAGAAAGGCACAUGGUUUUGUUCGGUUGUUUUGGGCCCUCAAAGAAGCGCACCGCUCUGCGUGCCUUUGAGACGUUUGAAAGUGAUUUCAGAUAGCUGCUGUCGCUUAGCAGGGAACAAAACCGGUUAUUCCAGGUUCUCCAUCACUUCUCCUUCGUCAGCUUCUGUUCUUGUACUUGAAUACGAACUCACUGCAGGUCACCAGAAUGAUGGGAGGACUAGAUGCAGAGACCUUUGUGCCCCAGCAUCCCUCUGUGCCUCUCGGCUGUACUGCAGGAGACGGGAAACAAAUCUUUCCCUUGCUCGUGAUGCUUAGGCUAUGAGAAGCCUUCUUGGCCUUCUCGCUGAGCACUGCUCGCUGCCACUUCUGAAUCACGUGUGCUCAGCUGGACAUACACACGCUUGGCUCCCCACUGUAACUUUGGUAAUGUGUACUUGCCUUAAUCAGGCAAAUAAAUUAAAUGCUAGAAGACUUUCUCCAAAUAUCUUGACUGAGACCACGCAGGCUGGUGGGGAGAUGGGAGGUUAUGGCUCCGAGGGCCCUCACAGCUCCUGGUAGCACUGCAGACUGGGAGGAAGAUGCUCUGGGCAGCGUAACUCAUUUUCUGAGCUGUUAAACCUCACCGCAGCCUGGAAUAUUAACAUGCACGUUUCCCUUUAAACUGCAGACACGAACUUCUUUAAAAAAAAACCAAAAGUGUCUGAGGGGUGGUGUGAUGCUCUCUCAUGCAAAUAGUCGAGAAGCUGAAACACCUUCCUCGUACCUUCAAAUCACACGGUGCUGCUGCAGGCUGUGGCAGCGCUGCACCGCCACGAGGAGCUCUCUGCCGGCAGCGAGAGGAAGCGUGCUGCGAGCACGGCCCGGAGCUCAGCGCCCCGAGCCCAGGGCACGCACAGCAACACAGCGCAGCCCCAGCUCCGCACCGACUCUUACAGCUUCUGCUGACGCUCAGACGUGCAGGCUAACCGUACCUGGGGGUUGUGACGGAUUUACAUUGACUGUGUUCUUGCUUUGCUUAGCAAACUGAAAACCCCAGCAGUAUUAAUCUGUACAUGGAUCUGAAAGAGAUAAUAAAGCACCCGCAAACAUUGGUGUUGGAUGCUGAGCACAUUUGCCCUUCUAAAGAUAACUGCUUUCGUUUUAAAGCACACACGUUGCAGGGUCUGAACCACCCAGACAGUACAAAGCGGAGCGCUGUGUCUGGGGUCAGUUUUGUUCUGCAGAGAGGUGCAGCUCUUAUACAGUUUGCAUUUAAAUAAAACCUAAAAUGUUGUUAUGACGGGAUACUUAGUUUUGGUACAAGAAUGAAAUAUUCCAUAUUUCAUCAGUGGAACUUUUUUUAAAACAGUAUAACCUUGUAAACUGUAAAUGUAUUUAAAUGCAUAUAUUUUGCAAGAAAUCUACCAAAGUUGGCUAUCAUGGUUUGGUGCCUUUAUUUGUUCCAUGGUUAUUUUAUUUGUAUUGUAAAUGCUACUGCCCAGCUGUUUCUGUGACCCAGCCCAUACCCACAGCCGUGUUACACCGCCACUCAGCCCUCUGCUGUCGAGCAAGAGUCAGUGGGGAUUAGCUCAAAUCCUGCAGACUUCACUUUAAAUUGAGGUGAUCUGCUAAAAUAAUGGGAUUUGUCUCAAAUGAAAGAAUGAAAAAAUAAGGCAGACCCCGGCAGAUGGGCCUGCAUGGGGCUUUACUCUCGAGCGCUCAGGAGCGCUGCCGGAUUUGGGCACUUACCAGGAGACCAGUCUGCCUAGUUCCCUGCUAGAGCUCAGAAUCAAUCAGAACUGGUGUUGGCUGGGGGGGGGAGCGCUCACCUUCCAAUGGAAUUUUUUUUAGCAAGCCAAAAUUCUUGAUGGCUUCAUGGCAUGGCAGGGCUGGGUCCACUGAUAACCAAAAUCUGAAGCAACUCCACAGUACGACCUCAUGGAAGAAGCCAGUGCUAACUGUGUAUGUACUAGUCAACAAACCCUCAUCCGAUCCAAAACGUAGCUCGUGGCUGAUGGGUCAAAAUUCACUGAGGUCACAGGGUAGUGCCCAACAACAUCUAUUCAAAAGAAUACUUGUAUUUAAUCUCAUCCUUCAGUAUACUUAAUUAUUGCAUCACUUUACAAGAAAAAAAAAAUGAACCACCCAAGUGAACGCUGCUGCCGACAUCACUGGCUUCAGGGCAUAAAUUGGUUUCUUUUGCUCUGUUUUGUUUUCUGAGAGCAAAGAUCUAGUCCUGAAGCUUAAGAAUUGAAAGCACUCAGGAGCAGGCCUGAACCUCACCCCAAUGGAAAUAAAAAUCUAUAGCACUUGUUUUUAUGUUGUAUUUAUAAUUCCACAUAAAAAUAAAAACCAUCUAAACCAA